UGGUGGGACGCAUACAGCGCGUGAAAUCAGUGUUAAUCGUUCUGGGGUCCGCCUUUUCGCCCUUUUUCGCCCUCUUGACAGCUCAAAUUAAAGCCUUUCUCCAAACUUUCCUUGCUAGAAAGGAAAAUUUAUCGCCUUUUCUCGUUUUUUCUUGCUCAGACUUGACUCUGUUUGGCCAGGAAGAAAAUGACGGAGCUAAUCCCAGGAGGGUCAUGAUUACCCAGAGAUUAAUGGCUGCCCAUUUCUGGAGCGAGAGAAAUCUUUUGGUGGGUGGGUUUUGAUCGGGCGUUCUGGUUCUGGGUUUGGCGGAUUUUGUUUGGUUGUUGAUAAUGAGAUGGCCACCGCAACAAGGUUCAUCAAAUGUGUUACAGUUGGGGAUGGAGCUGUUGGGAAAACUUGUCUUCUCAUCUCCUACACCAGCAACACUUUCCCCACUGAUUAUGUGCCAACUGUUUUUGACAACUUCAGUGCCAAUGUUAGUGUUGAUGGACAGAAUGUGAAUCUGGGUCUCUGGGACACUGCUGGGCAAGAAGACUAUAACAGGCUGAGGCCUCUUAGUUACAGAGGAGCUGAUGCCUUCCUCCUUUCCUUUUCUCUCAUAAGUAGGCCUAGCUUUGAGAACAUAUUGAAAAAAUGGGUCCCUGAACUUAGACAUUAUGCUCCAUCGGUGCCCAUUGUUCUUGUGGGGACCAAACUAGAUUUGAGAGAAGAUAAGCAGUUCCAAAUGGACUAUCCCAGUGCAUGUACCAUUUCAACCGAACAGGGCGAAGAACUCAAGAAGCAGAUGGGAGCGGUGGCAUAUGUAGAGUGCAGCUCCAAGACACAGCAGAACGUCAAGGCCGUCUUCGACGCCGCGGUCAAGGCGGUUCUUCGGCCUCCGAAGCCCAAGGGACAGACGAAGAAAGGCCAGAGGAAACUCUGCCGGAUACUUUAACCAUAUGGAGCAACUAAUGUGAUUUUGAUGGCCUUCUAAUCCUCGUUCACUCCAUCACAAGAUCCCCUCCUCUUCAUUCCAUCUCCUCUGUGGGUUCUGUUUUUUAUUUGUUUUUACAAUUUUCAAUUGAAUUCUGCUUUGUUUGUGUGGGGAUGGAACCAGCUUGUUGUGCUGUGUUUUGUUGUAUAUCUAAUAAGAUUGAUUCAGUGUGCUUAUUGGAUUUUGAAACACCCCAUGUUUAUAGGUAAUUUAAACUAUACAAUCAUUUUUCACGAAUUUAAAAUUUUAUUUAAUCUUGAGAUUACCGCUCUUGCGG